AUGAUUGUCUCUGCAGACAGAAUUAAACGUAUUCAUUAUUCCUACCAAAGAAGAACAUAUGAUUAUCGAUUCGAUGUAAAAGAUUAUAGUGAAUAUAAUGCUGUGCUCCAACUGGGUCGAAUAGCAAUAGGUCAUUCGUGGUUAUCGAUCAACAAGUUUUACCCUGGAAACUGUCUAACGUACUGCACAAAAUGUUGGUGUAUAGGUCAUUUAAGAAAUAAAUGCAAUUCAGAAAACAAAUGUCGAAUUUGUCUUGAGAAUUUGAUGGUAGAUACUCCGUAUAUGUGUAAAAAUGAACCGAAAUGUGCUCAAUGUGAUGGAACUCAUCAUUCAUUAGAUAGUCAAUGUCAAGUUAUAAAAGAAUAUAAGGACCAAUUGAAAGAGAAUGUUGAAGAUGCGAUACAAAAAGGAUUAUUACAACGAUUAUCACUGCAAGAAAAAUUGCCUAUAUUCGAACUCCGUGAUUAA